GUAUCGAAGAACUGAAGCUCUCAAAGUUUGAGGAAUCCAAUCAUAGUGAAAAAAAUGUCGAUGGCAUCACUUUCAUCCCAGAAACUAUCACUGCCUUCUCUGGAGACCUCCGGCGGCCGGCACAUUCAUCGGAAGAUGGCUGUUUCUUCGGCCACCCCAUUUCGGAGUUCUUCCUUCUCUGUUGGAGCUAAUCAUGUAUCCCUUACAGCAUCCAGCCGUCUGAUGGCUCAUGGAAGGGCUAAAAAGUUCUGCACACACAGAUUCUAAGGAAGGUUUGGGGAGAACAAGUCUGUGUCCUGAAGCAGUUCCAGUAUCAAAUUUUGCGCUUCCAUUUAGAUCUGGAAUGAAUGCUUCCUCAGAAUCUUUAUCUUCCACUGGUGCCAAGGCAAAAGCAAGUUCGCAAGAGGAAGAAAGUUCUGAACCAACUUCUCAUUUCAAUAUUUCAUUAAAAACAUUAAAUGCUACGAAAUCGCCAGCAUCUUUGCUGCAGAGCUAUACCCCUGAAGUUGGUCGGUCACCAUUUCUUAGCAUUGCUGUCAUUGGUGCUACUGGUGAACUGGCGAGGAGAAAAAUAUUUCCCGCAUUAUUUGCUCUUUAUUACAGUGGUAACCUUCCAGAGAAUGUUGCUGUAUUUGGGUAUUCAAGGAAAACUUUAACAGAUGAGGAUCUGAGAUCCAUAAUAGCAUCAACUUUAGCUUGUCGCAUCGAUCAUCAACAAGGUUGUGAAGACAAAAUAGAUGCUUUCCUUAGACGAACAUACUUUGUUGAUGGAGGAUAUGACAAUAGAGAAGGAAUGUUGAAGCUCACAGCUCGAAUGGAACAAGUUGAGGGACAAUUUGAAGCAAACAGAAUGUUUUACCUGUCAGUCCCCCAAGAAGCACUCCUUGAUGUUGCAUUUUCUCUCUCUGAACAUGCUCAAACACAAAAAGGAUGGAGCCGUAUUAUAAUUGAAAAACCCUUUGGUUUGGAUCUGCUGUCUUCUGAUCAGUUCACUCAGUCCAUUCAUUCAAAAUUUGAGGAAAAGCAAUUAUACAGGAUUGAUCAUCUUUUGGGAAGGAAUACCAUUGAAAAUCUAGCAGUGUUAAGGUUUUCUAAUCUAGUUUUUAUGCCACUAUGGAACCGAAAUUACAUUGACAACAUUCAGGUUGUUUGGUCGGAUGACUUGGCUACACAUGCACAAUCAAGAUAUUUGGACGAGAAUGGGAUUAUAGGUGAUGUAGUACAUAGUCACAUACUCCAGACAAUUGCUUUGCUUGCUAUGGAACCACCUAUAACCCUUGAUGGUGAAGAUGUUCGCAAUGAGAAGGUCAAGGUUUUGAGAUCAAUCAAGAAACUGGAACCUAGUGACGUUAUUAUUGGACGGUGCAAAUCUGUUUCUGUAGGCAAUUCUGCUGACAGUCUAAAUCUGGCUCCUACAUACUUCGCUGCUGCUCUGUACAUUGACAAUGCACGUUGGGAUGGGGUUCCUUUUCUGAUUAAAGCUGGCAGGGGUCUUGGAAAAAAUAGGGUCGAAAUACGCAUACACUUCCGUCAUGUCCCAGGAAAUCUUUACCUCAAGAAUACUGCACGGAAUAAUGAUCUUGCCACAAACGAGCUAAUUUUACGUGAUGCUCCUGAUGAGGCAAUCCUAGUCAGAGUCAACAAUAAGGUCCCAGGAUUGGGCAUGGAAUUGGAUGCCUCAGAGCUGAAUUUGCUUUACAAGGACAAGUAUAAUGUUGAGGUGCCUGAUUCAUAUGAGCAGCUUCUCCACGAUGUCAUAGAUGGAGACAACCAUCUAUUCAUGAGAAGCGAUGAGGUUUCAGCUGCAUGGAACAUUUUAUCCCCAGUAUUGCAGGAGAUGGGCAAGAAUAAUAUUCCAUUGGAGCUGUACGAGAUGGGUAGUAGGGGUCCAGAUAAAACAAUCUAUCUUUGGGCAAAACAUAGGGUUCAGUGGGUAGAUGACUAAUAAAGUCUUCACACGGCAAAGGGUCCAUCUUGGAAAUGGUCCUGCCUGCCAGUGUUUGCCCUUGACAGAUCUAUUUCUAUGAGCGUGUGGCCUCCUUUACGAGUACAUUAGUCAUUGACCUUACUUCCACAUCUGUGGGCCUGGUAAAAGAAUAAGGGUUUUAAACCUCUGGUCAUGUUUUGGUGAUUAAGUCCGCGUGUUGUGGUUACUACAAAGGUUUGAGCAUUUAGCAGCAGAUUUGUUGCAUCUCAAACUUGUAUUUUGCUCGUUAAGGGCCAGUCUGAUGUAACAUUUGCCCCAUCUGCAGCCUCAUAAUCAGCUUGGUGAGGGCCAAUUUGAUGUAGCGUUUCUUCUAUUUACAACCCUAUUCUUAGCU